CAUUCUCGAUUUAUUUCUCCUUGGACUUGGACCAGUUUCUUCCAGCUCACCUCCGAAACCCGGUGGCGUGUGUCGGUCGGAUGUGUGUUUGCGCCCGUAUACGCUCCGCUUCCCAACUGCUAGUUCUUUGACGGUGCGCGAGUGCAAAGCCCGCUGCUCCAGAGUGUUGUGCUCCCGAUUCUACGCUGUGCUCCAGUGUGUGAAAGAGCCGAUUGAUGUGACAGCAAAAAGCAUAACCAAAAAAUCACAACUAACUAAAGACAAAACAACAACAGACAAACAAACCAAAAAAAGGCAAUCGCCCAUUGUGUGCACCGUGUGCAUCUCGCGAGUGAAACAGAGUGCGCGUACGGUUUCAAAAAAACAAAAUCGACGUCAACCCCGACAAAAAAAAAGGCUACGAAACAGUGCAGUAAAGUGAAACAGUGCAACAUUCUUGCUGCAAACAGCCGCUGACAUUUCCGAAACGGUACUUUGGUGAAAACCCUAAUCGUGCAACGAUGUGGAAACUGGUGACGCUGUUGGCGGUGCUGUUCGCGUUCGAGGCCAGUUUUGCAAAAGAAUCCAUUCCAUCGCUGAUCGAUACCGACACGACACACGGGACGGAUGGCGCAGCCAGCCGACAGAGCAAAGCCGUCUCGACCCACUGUCCACGGUCCUGCCCGGUACAGAGCGCGCCCCAGGAACCGGUGUGCGGCAGCGACGGGCUGAUCUACGCCAAUCUGUGCGAGAUGAAGAAGAAAACGUGUACGAAGGCGGCCCCGAAUGCGGUCACCGAGGACAAGGCCGGCUGCGAACGGUCGAAGGGUUCGCCGUGCAAUCAUCGGUGCCCGACCGAGAAGGAUCUGGUGUGCGGUACGGACGGCCGUACGUACCUGAACCGGUGUAUGUUGCGUGUGCAGGCGUGCCGUGUUGGUACGGCGGCCGUUUCGCUAGCGCAUGUGGGACCGUGCGCGAACGGAAGCGUGAUACGCGAAUCUUGCCCAGUGGAUUGUAAUAGUGCUCCUCAGGAUGGCCCCGUUUGCGCAUCGGACGGUAACGUGUACAACUCCACCUGCCAGAUGAAGCUGAUCACCUGCGGCCAGGGUGUGGUCCGAACUAGCCGUAAGCACUGCCAAAGCACGCGGAACUGUCGUGAGUCGUGCUGGCGUGUAGCACGCCCAACCUGUGGCUCGGACGGACGCCUGUACGCUAGCGCCUGUAAGAUGCGUGCAUCGAACUGUGGCAAGCACGUGUUCGAGGUGCCGAUCUCGUACUGUAUGUCGCAGGAGCGUGCCGGCGGUAGCUCGCACAGUGCCAGCAACAAGAUCGAGGACUGUCCGACCGAAUGUCCGAAGGACGCGCAGCAGAUGAUCUGUGGUAGCGAUGGCAACAUCUACACCUCGAUGUGCGAGCUGAAGAUGCUUAACUGCGGACAAAAGAAGAAGAUCCAGGCACUAACGCUGGACCGUUGCAAGCAGAAGAUGAACCGCUGCAAGUCGCUGCCCGCCUGCAAGCAACACUCCAAGAACGGAGCUUCAUUCUUCGGUGAUCAGAAGGACAUGCUGUGCGGUACUGACUCGAAGACGUACAACAACGAGUGUGAACUGGCCCGCGCAACCUGUCUACGUGGUGUACAGUUGGCACAUAUCGGACCCUGCACACAGCUGAAAUCGAAGGUGGACGUAACGGACUGCAGUAGCUGUACGUACGACGAGGAACAGAAUGGCCCAAUUUGUGGCUCGGACGGCAACACCUACAAGUCGCGCUGUGAGAUGAAGCAAAAGACCUGUGGACUGCGUGUGGUACCGGUGUCGCUGAAGAACUGUGCCACCACGGCGCUGUGCGAAGCGAACUGUGAACAGCAGCCGACCAACUACGUGUGCGGCUCGGACAACAAGCUGUACCCGAACGAGUGCCACAUGCGACGGGAGAACUGUGGACGCCAUAUGUUCCUGGUGCCGAUGAAGCGUUGUCUGGCGGCGUUCUCGUUCAAGGGCUGCUCCAAGAUCUGUCCACAGGAGUUCGAGCCGGUGUGCGGCACCGACGGCAAGACGUACUCGAACGAGUGUUUCCUCAGCAUCGAGAACUGCCGAUCGCGAUCGAUGGUACAGAAAAAGCACGUCGGACCGUGCGGACGACCCGAGGAACCCUCGCACAACUAUCUCUACUAGAGGGUGGUCGUGUCGGGCGACCUGGUUCAGACUUCAAUCGAGAAGUUUUCGAUCCCUCGUGCUAUCCUCUUCCCCUUGGAAUCUCUCUAUCUCUGCCACUGCCAACGAUCGUCAUCUGUUUUCUACCACGCUGUGAAGGACUCUGUCUAGCGACCUUGGGGGACACUCCCUGGUAUUUCUUCACUUCACAGCAUUAGUAUGUAAGGAUAUGCCCUACGUAGCGUUAGAGUAACGAAAGAACUCCAUCCCAACCUGCCGUGCCCUUCCUUCUUCGCCCAUGUAGCAUGUAAUUUGUAGUUAAGUUAACUUAAAUCGGAACGAAACAAACAGCAAGAACACGAUGAUGGCACCCGUUGUGGGUUGUAUUUGGGGGGUUCUUUCGAGGUGAUUAGCGCGCAUCCACGGCCACCACAGUUCUAAAGAGACUAAGCCACAACAAGCCUUGCUAGCGGUGUAGCUAGCUGCCACCCGUUUUUUCGAGACCGUUUACAUUCAAACCCCAACCCACCUGAAAGCCUUCCGACAAACCACUGCUUUCGAGUGUCGGAGAACUUACGGAACUGAUCAAACCUUUUUCUAUCCUUUUCUGUUGUGGUUUGUGGGAUAGCGAACUAUUACUGAAACACCCCGAAACCUCGAAACAAGCGUCACCAAGCAACAGCAAAAGCCUGGCACCCUGGACAACGGUCACGUGAUUUUAAUGAAGGAAUAAUUUAACGCAAGAAAGCAAGCAAAAGUAUUCGUUUGUAUAAUUUAUUUAAACGUUAAGUGACACCAGGAAGAAGAGAACAAAAGAAAAGGGAAGAAGAAAAAACAAGCACACAGAGCAGUAGCUCUUUAGUAGCUCUUUAGUAGCGCUUAUUGGUGGGCGCUAAUUUAUUAUUCCAGGAACUACUGUAGCGUAGUAGCGAACAUAUCGGCAAACCGGGAGCCAAGAUUACACACUGAGCGUGGUUAGUGUGGAAUCGGUACGGACGUCAAGUCAGCGCCCGUACCGAGUGAAGGAAGCGUAGCGAAAGCGGUUCGGCGCUUUAUGGAAGACCACAUUACGACAAAAUGUGUUUUGUUUUUUGCCAAUAAAGAGAAAUGAAAAUUGGAAACUUAA